UAUAUAUAUAUAUAUAUUUAUUUAUAACCUUUUUCCUUCUUCGCACAUGUGUCAAAGUGUCAACACAGUCUUCUCUCUGUCAACAUACACGUUUAUAGUUUACUUAAUUUGUAAACAAAAAUGAAUAGAAAUUUAAAUGACGUUCUUCUUAUUAUUGAGAGUAUCAGAUUGAUUGAAAAUGAGGAGUUUUCUGCAGCUGCACAAAUAAUUUUGGAAGGCAGAAACAACUUGCUAAGAAUUCGUAAUGUGAUAAGUGAUGAUACAUUCAAUACUCUAAAUAAUAGUUGCGAUAAUUUAAAACAAAUAUGUGAUAACUGCAAUCAAAAUAUCAAUAACAGCAGCAGAUCUUAUGUUGCGCCAAGAUUAAAUAAUUUAGGUAGAGGAAGAUCCAAAGUCCAUAUAACUAGAGAACAGUUAGAAUUUUUAAUACAAGAAAAUUAUACUGCAAAAGAAAUGGCUAAGCAUUUCGGUUGUUCUACAAAGCUAGUAUAUAAAAAAUGUUAUUCAUUCGGUAUUAAAAUACGAAAUAAGUAUUAUAAUGGUAGUGACGCAGAAUUGAAUCGGGAGAUUUCGGAUUUACAUGCUCAAUAUCCUAAUAGCGGGAGUAAUAUGAUAACAGCUUACUUAAAAGUUAAAGGAAAAAUAAUUCAAAGGCAAAGGGUUAGAAGGAUAUUAGCCGAAAUUGAUCCUAUUGGUACUGCUUGUAGAUGGAGUAAUGCGAUACAUCGCAGAACAUAUAAAGUGCCAACACCCAAUUCUUUAAGGCAUAUUGAUGCGAAUUUAAAGCUGAUACGAUGGCGAUUUGCUAUUCAUGGAUGUAUAGACGGAUAUUCACGAUUAAUUAUAUACUUAAAGUGCACUACUUCAAUGACAGCCAGCACAGUAAUUCCAUUUUUUGCUACCGGCGCAGUACAAUAUGGCUUACCAUCCAGAGUAAGAUCAGAUUUUGGAUAUGAAAACUUAUUUGUUGCAAUGGUUAUGAAUGCUAUUCAUGGACUAAACAGAGGAAGUCAUUUGACGGGUCGUUCGGUGCAUAAUCGUAAAACGUAUAGAGAGAUUAUGGGUAGACGUAUAUAAAGAAGUGGGCGAUUUUUUUCAUAAUGAAUUUACUAUGUUAGAAGAAGAUAGAUUAUUAGAUAUUAAUAACGAAAAACAUAUAUUUGCAUUACAAGUUUAUUUAACAUAUAUAAAUAAAAAAUUGGAUGAUUUUACACAAGCGUGGAAUUUUCAUAAGUUAAGAACGGAACGAAAUAGAACUCCUAGGCAACUUUGGUUGUCUGGUAUGCUAAAAAAUGUCAAUAGUGAACAUACUGCUGUCCGUGAAAUUUUUCAGAACCAACCUCACUUAUACAAUAGAGUUAUUGAUGCUUUUGGAAUAGAUGACUUAGAUAUUGUGAUUAUUAAUCAUGAUGAAGAAAGCAAUUCUAAUUUAACUGUUCAAUUAGAAUUUAGUGAAGA